GUCCGGACCGGAGACACGCAGUGGGACGUUUCCUCUCCACGCUCGGACUCUGGUGUUUUAACGCCUCCACAGUGUCUGUUUGACCCGCUGCGACUCACACGGUGGAUUUUGUUGUUGUUUGUUUGGUUUUUUUUGUUUUUUUUGUUCAUUUUUUUUUUUCUUUAUGGUUUGAAAUUAAAAAUAAAAAAACUGGAGUAGGAGCCGUAGAUGAAGAUGCACCGGGACUGAGAGGCUUCUCCGUCCUUUGGGGACAUUUAAGGACGUCCAGCUGUGUUUUUAUUUAUAUUCUUAAAGGACACUCAUGGAUUACAACAACAUUUAAAACUAUAUUUUGGACCAACGCAACACACACACACACACACACACACACACACACACACACACCAAAGCGCAGCGCCCUCCCUCAUGAAAUAUCUCCCUCCAGGAUCAGCUGAAAGUAAGCGGAUCGUGCUCAGUGAGAUCACCGACUGUGAAGACUCUCGUCCCGGUGCCGUGGUCUCUUUGUUGACCCCUCUGGACCCACUUCGGCAGGCUAAGCGGCUUCCUAUCCGACUCAUCAAGAUGUUGACCGCGCACACUGGACACUUGCUGCACCCGGAAUAUUUACAGCCUUUGACGUCCGCGCCAGUCAGCAUCGAGCUGGAUGCCAAGAAGAGUCCUUUAGCCCUGCUGGCGCAGACCUGCUCUCAGAUUGGUAAACCAGACCCUCCAUCUUCAUCCAAGCUGGGCUCCUCCUGCAGCCAGGGAGACAAGGAGCCCAGCAGCCGGCUGUCCGUCUCCAGCCUGAAGCUCGGGGAGCACCGCCCCUCCCUGGAGGACAAGUCGAGCUUCAAGCCCUACAACAAAGGCAGCGGGGACUGUCGCAGAGACGGAGUCACCAGCAGCAGCGAUAAAGUCGGGUUCAGAGUACCCAGCAAUAACGUCUCCACUAACGGAAAUUCAACCGGUGGCCAGCAGCCCUAUCCGCCCCACGCUGCUUCACCCAGCUCUCGAGCAGGAAGCGGCUCCCCACCAGGACACACUCAGCAGCAGCAGCAGCCUCACAAACAGAGCCAGUCCCCCGGGGGACCGCCCACGUCCCACCCCCACACUCCCAACGGAGAGACUGCACCUGAGCGGGGCAGUCCCACCAGCACGAGCAGCAGCAAUAAUAAUAGCAAUCAUCCCAAAAAGGAGGCGGAUGUAAACAAGGUUAACUUGGACAGUCCACACCACGCAAACUCCAGCCACGUCCGAGCCAGCACAAACUGCAGUAACGGCAGCUCUGACGGCGGAUCCAACCACGAGGGGGGUAAAGCUGAGUCUGCCCAGCCCAACCUCGGCCCCGGACAUAUUACACCCAUUUCUCCUUACAAGACAAGCCAGCCGCUCUUCCCACUGCCCUCGUCUAAUAUGGGCUACCACGGAUCUGUAGUGGGGGCCUACGCAGGAUACCCGUCUCAGUUUGUUCCCGGGCUGGACCCGACAAAGUCCGGCCUCAGCGUGGGAAGUAUGGCGGUCCCCGGGAAGCACCCGAGCUCCAGCCCUCUCACGGGCGCCUCCCCUCCUUCCUUCAUGCAGGGUUUAUGCAGGGACCCCUACUGUCUAAGCUACCCAAGUGUGUCCCACCUCGGAGGAAGCAACUGCAACUCCUGCAUCCACGACCCUUCCUCCACCCUCAAAUCAAGCUUCCCGCUGGUGUACCCCUCCCACCCCCUCCACUCCCUCCACCAAAGCUCCCUGUCAUCCAGCGCUUCUUCCUCCCUCUCCCAUCCCCUCUACACGUACGGCUUCAUGCUCCCGAACGACCCCCUGCCGCACGCCUGCAACUGGGUCUCAGCCGGGGGGCCGUGCGACAAACGUUUCGCCACCUCAGAUGAGCUGCUGGCCCACCUCCGCACGCACACAGCGCUGCCUGUGGGAAUGGACAGUAAGCUGCUCUCUGUUUCCUCCUCUGGACCUGCCUCCUGCCACCUUCACCUCCCCCACCAGAGCAGCCCGGGCUCCAUGUCCAGCUCCCUCUCUCUCAGGGCUCCCCCCGGUCUGGGUUUAGCUCGCUAUCACCCCUACAGUAAGGUCCACCUGCCCCCCGGCCCCUCCUCCAUCUCCCUGCACUCUCUGCCCACCACAGGCCCGUACUACCCUCAUUACGCUCUCUACAGUCAAAGACUUGGAUCUGCGUCUGCUCUGGGAUACCAGUGAUUCACCGGCUGCGUCGACGUUUAAAGGAAUACUUUGACAAUUUGGGAGAAUGUAGCUCAGUGGCUUUCUGGUGGAGAUGAGCUACAUGAGAAGAUUGCUUCUAUUUUCAUAUCUGUUAUGUAAAAAAAGUAAGGCUACACUUAGCUUAGCUUAGCUUAGCUUAGCUUACUGGAAACACUAUCAUGUGGCCAGAAAAAAGAGCAAAUCCUCACAUUUGAGAAGCAGGAACCAGAAAAUGUUUGAAUUUUUGUUUGAAAACCGAUGGAAUAAACAAAAAUCCAUCAACUCAUCGAUUAAUUCACUAAUUGUUGCAGCUUUCCUGUUAUUUAGUACCCAUUUGGACAGAGCCAGGCCAGUGUUUGUGCUAAGCUAAUCUCACUAGCUGCAGGCUGUAGCUUCACAUUUACUGGACAGACAUAUGAGACAUGGUUUCAAUCUCCUCAUCUAAUUCUCUGCCAGAGAGCCGACAGGUAUAUUCCCCAAAAUGUCAAAGUGUUACUUUAAGUUUGUAUUUAAAUGCGGCAAGUUGCUGCUUCUUGUGACUGGACUGGAUUUAAGUGGAACUAAGAUGGGAGCGCAAGUCCUGGAUUUUGACUUGAGAGCAUCUUCACACUUUCUUUAUACAUUAUAUCUGAGAUUCGAUGUUUUCUAAUCAGGCUCCACUCCCUCAACAUCAGACGACACUCGUGGCUCUUGCAUGUCUGCGCAUCGCUCGGAUACUUCCUGCAUCAGACACGACUGCCCUUACGUGACUUUUGCUGCCACCUCCCCCCCCCCACCCCGUGAGCUUCGUCAAUUUGAUGGCGGGACGCUGUGUAAUGGCUCUUGGAUGUUCAGGGUCCUCGCCUCAUACGAGGAAGAUUUAGUGCGGAGAAAUGUAGUGUGGCAGGGAUGGCAAUUAGCUGAUGGGCUGAUGUAAUUCUGGCCACAGUCGCUUUCUCCCCGCAAGAGAUGCAUGUAAGCUCGACACAGCGAACACACUUAACUGUUUAUCCAGCCCCAUGGUUUGUGAUGAUUUGUUUUGGUUCCUUAGGUUUUGUUUAUUCCUACUGAGACGUUGUAUUUAUUUUAUACCGGGAAUCUUAGCUUUCAUGUUUACUAUAUAAAAUCUAUUCUCAUUUUACAGUCCUCUGGGCAAAACAUGUGGGAAGCCAGACGACAGAUGUUGAACAUGUCGUGUCUUAACACUUCUCGAGAAUGAAUGUUUGAAAUCGCAUCUCUCUCUGAACUCUUCAGCUUUUUGUUUUUUUUUUUUUUGAUUUUCUUUAUUUUCACAGCAAAUCAAUAAAAAUGAGAUGUGAUAUUUUUUUGUAAAA